AUAGAAAGAUGAGAAUGGUUCACAGGGGAACACCAGAUACAACCUCUUUUUUCUUUCCCACUCAGUGCCCAACUACACCACACAGCACGGUUUUAAUUAAUUUAAUUAAUUAAUUAUAAUUAAAGCUAUUAAUUUGUCUUCUUCAUUCUCUUUUUAAUUUGUGUUUGGGAUAAGACAAGAACAAUGGCGAAAUCGAGUUCGACCACCGUAACGGUGAAACCGGCAUGGGUUCUACCGUACCGGACGAGGAACAUCACGGAGGUGUACGAGGUGGGGAGAAAGCUGGGACAGGGUCAAUUCGGCACAACCUACCUCUGCACGCACAGGGCAACGCGUGCAAGCUACGCGUGCAAGUCCAUUCCCAAGCGGAAGCUCUUGUGCAAGGAGGAUUACGAGGAUGUGUGGAGGGAGAUUCAGAUAAUGCACCACUUGUCGGAACACGCGCACGUUGUUCGAAUCGAAGGAACCUACGAGGAUUCCUCUGCGGUGCACCUUGUGAUGGAGCUGUGUGAGGGAGGGGAAUUGUUUGAUAGGAUCGUGCAGAAGGGGCACUAUAGUGAGAGGCAAGCUGCGAAGUUGAUAAAGACCAUUGUUGAGGUUGUUGAGACUUGUCACUCGCUUGGUGUCAUGCAUAGGGACCUCAAACCUGAGAACUUUCUAUUUGAUACUGUUGAUGAGGAUGCUAAGCUUAAAGCUACAGAUUUCGGUUUGUCUGUUUUUUACAAGCCUGGUGAAUCCUUUUGUGAUGUUGUUGGGAGCCCAUACUAUGUUGCACCAGAGGUUUUGCGCAAGCACUAUGGACCUGAAUCAGACGUGUGGAGUGCUGGGGUUAUUCUGUACAUCUUAUUAAGUGGGGUGCCACCAUUUUGGGCUGAAACUGAACCAGGGAUCUUCCGACAGAUUUUACUAGGAAAACUUGAUUUUCAGUCUGAGCCUUGGCCUAGCAUUUCAGACAGCGCCAAGGAUCUAAUUCGGAAAAUGCUUGAUCAAAAUCCAAAAACAAGGCUUACAGCACAUCAAGUACUUCGUCACCCAUGGAUUGUUGAUGACAACAUUGCACCUGAUAAACCUCUUGAUUCUGCAGUUUUAUCUCGUCUGAAACAAUUCUCUGCAAUGAAUAAACUGAAAAAGAUGGCAUUACGUGUUAUUGCUGAGAGGCUAUCUGAAGAAGAAAUCGGUGGUCUGAAAGAGUUAUUCAAGAUGAUUGACACAGACAACAGUGGUACCAUAACAUUUGAUGAAUUAAAAGAUGGCUUGAAGCGAGUAGGAUCUGAACUUAUGGAGUCUGAAAUCAAGGAUCUGAUGGAUGCUGCGGACAUUGACAAAAGUGGAACAAUAGAUUAUGGUGAAUUCAUAGCUGCCACUGUUCAUUUAAAUAAGCUAGAGAGAGAGGAAAAUCUGGUUUCAGCCUUCUCCUAUUUUGACAAAGAUGGUAGUGGUUACAUAACCAUUGAUGAGAUACAACAAGCUUGUAAGGACUUUGGUUUAGAUGAUGUCCAUAUUGAUGACAUCGUCAAGGAAAUUGAUCAAGAUAACGAUGGGCAAAUAGAUUAUGGGGAAUUUGCUGCCAUGAUGAGAAAGGGAAAUGGAGGGAUAGGAAGGCGAACCAUGAGAAAAACACUAAAUUUAAGAGAUGCUCUAGGAUUAGUAGACAAUGGGCCCAAUCAAUUUAUUGAUGGCUACCUUAAGUAGUAACUUGGAGACGAAAAUUUGCCAAAAGAUAAUUUUAGUUUAUUGCAAAGUUAUCUGUUGCGUG